GAAUCAGAUGCAAAACAAACUGCAUCGUCUGACAUUAUUUUUAAUCUAUUUGUUAAUAUUGAUAACUAUUUGAUUCUCUUCGCAGCUCGUUGCAUUCUCUUCCUUUUAAUCUGGCUCCUCACUGGUGGUCGACAUCAUUUCUGGUUCUUGCCAAACCUGACAGCAGAUGUUGGUUUCAUUGACUCCUUCAGACCCCUGUACACACACGAGUACAAGGGGCCCAAAUCGGACUCUAAGAAAACAGAUGAGGAGACUGACCCCCAGAAACAGCCACAACCUGAAGGUGAUGAGGAAAAGGAGGUAGAAGAGGAAGAGACAAAAGCAGAAACAACAGCAACAGCAGAAGUGGCAACAGGCAAUUUGGUCAGGGAGCGACAGUCAGACACAGACAGUGACCGAAGGGACGAUGAUGGUUCCCAGCAUAGCAGCGGCAACGGGAAUGACUUUGAAAUGAUCACUAGAGAGGAAUUGGAACAGCCCACAGAUGACGAUGAAGAGGAGGAGGAGGAGGAAGAUGAUGAAGAAGCACAGCCAUUACACAGUAAGUCGUAGAACAGGAUAAUUCCAUCUCCAGCAACCGAGCAUGAGUAGCUGAUGUUGAAAACAGUUCCGCACUGGGAUGGAGACAUGUACCUGGCCCACUGUGGAUGCCACGAUGAGAUAUUGUGAAAUGUUAAAACUGCAUGAUAAUCAUAGCAUUUUAAAAUUCCCUCAUCCCAGUUAUAAUGAUCAUAAGCCUUGAUAUUUCGGCAGAGGAGUUAGAGGUACACUCAGAAAACUUGUUGGCAUUACUAGAUUUUUAAGACAAGUUGUGUUCCACACCACAGCAUGCAUCAUGAUCUUUCAAAAUUGUAAGGCAAAGCCAAACAAUACAAUGGCCCACAGUUACAUCUGGUAAUUCAUCUCUUUGUAUAUUCUUACUCAGCUGAGAGACAGCAGGCCUUAAAUUGGUGCUGGUGUUUGCCACUGCUUGAGGAGGUUCAUAGUGUUUGUUGCACUGCAAUCUGUUCCAGGCUCUCAGCCAUCUGUACAAAGCUGGUGCUGUGCACUAGAAUCCUCAAGUUUUGGUACAUUGCCUGCAUGUUGGAAGAUAGUGCAAAAAUAUGAGGGACUUGCUGUAUUCAGGCUAUUGACACUUAACACCAAAAGAAUCCACUGAAGAUUGGAAAGUGCAGAGAUGAAAAGCCACUCCUUUCCACAACACACUUGACCAGUAAUCAGGUAUUAGUGGGAAACAGAACCGUAUCCAUUGCUGCCAAGCAAAAUUUCUGGCAUGUGGUAGCUUUUUACAAAGCUUUUGUGGUGCAAUGGUGGCUUAUAGUCCAGAAAGAAGUGAUUACAAGUGACCCAAUUUGUGUAACAGGAUACAGCUGUUCCUUGAGCAGCUGGAAUCUGAAAAUAACCCAUUAAAAAUCUCAUUCUAGAAACGGUGCUCAACACUUUGUGUAAUUGCGUAAAGUUCACUUCUGUCAACUUUAAGGUGACUGUCUGGUAUCAUAGAGUAAGUGCAGAUACAUAUUCUGUUACCUUAGGUUAUGGAUGGAACAAAUUCAGCAUAUGAAGAAGGUACAGUAUUUAACAGAAGAAGAACCUUACUAUGGGGCUUAUAAUUAUGUGCCAAUUUUAUGCAGGCGCGCAAGCAGGAAAAUCUAUAAUAGUUUAGGAGUUGGCUUAUUAAUAGUGCAGCUAUGAUGCCUUCGCCUCUUUCAAGUUUAAAUUUUGAUAUUACUCUAGGACUUUGAACAUGUUACUGGAGAGGAGAAAAGGUGGGGAAACAAAAAUCUAAAGGUUGAGAAGUGCAUAUUCUUAACUUUGUAAGAAUCAUGCAGAAAUGACUUUGUAAAGGAUUUGUUUCAACAGUAUGACCAUUAGCCUUAAUGUGAUCUUUGCAUUACAAGAGUGUACAAGACUGUUGCAAACCAGAGAGAUGCAGACUUUUCCACAAGUGUCACAGAAUCUUUAGUCCCUUUAAUGGUUUGCAAAGACUAGAGAAGUUAUAGCAUGCAAAUAGAAAGCUUGCUGCAGCUGUAAGUAACAUUGAUUUAUUACUCUAUAUCUUGUAAAACAAUCCCUAAUUUUACAGGACAACAUCAGGUUUAUUCACUGAUCUCUUAAUGCACAAUGCAUUAUAUUUUACAAGCUGAAAUAAUUUCUACCACCUCAUUAGAAAUUUGUUGGAACAUGUUCAGUCAGUUUCAAGCCUUCCUGCAUCAUUAGACCUCUGCCGCAUUAUUGGUAGGCUGAUGGAUCGAGUUAAAUGUGGAAUUUAAUUGGUUUCCAGCAUCUGCUCAUCGUGCAGUAAUUGAUUAAUCUCUGACAUUUCACAGAGUCACCUGAGCGUGGACCACAACUUUGUAGUUAACUGUUUAAUUAAACUAAUAGCACAGAAAGAAAAAUACUUGGUAGUGUAGAACUUUUCUAUAUUCAUAUGCUUUUCCUAAUGAGAUGUUAAAAGCAUUUUUUUUCUGUUAUCAUGUGUCUUUCUUGGAGAAAGAUUUGCCAGUGUGCCGGUGGUUUUCUGGUAGUGAGUAUCUCAACCUGCUCUCAAAUGGUAUUUUGAGUAUUUGUACAUUGUAUAGUGUAGCUACAAGCCAGUGCUACUUCAUGUGUAUCACCGCAGAGAGAGGGGGAAGGGUGGUGGAGGAGAUUGCUUACUCCUUACUCUUGUUCAAACCUAGUUACGUCCAUAUUUGGAUUGACAUAUAAUUUAAAGAAGGACUUGUCUUUGAUUACUGGAAUAUUAUUUAAACAAUAACUGUUUUAGCUAUUUGAAGAAGUAAAUGCAAUUAAAAACUAAAA